AUAAUAUUAUAUAAAAACCCUCUACAUACCACACCAACUUCUCUCCAUUACAGUCAUCAACAAGGCGUUUCUGAUUCCUACAUAUAUUGAGCUAAUUAGUAACAGGCAAAAUAAUCUCUCCAGGUUUUGGAAGCUAGGUGAUAAGAUAUGGCCAGUCUUCCUCAAACUCCAAACAGCACUAGUAAUUCUCACCUUUAUCCUCAAGCACUCCAACUUAAACUUUACCAGGCCUUCAUAUUCUCGAUUCCUAUCCUUUUUUCCAUCAUCCUUUUUCUCCUCUUCUACUUGUUCUACCUCAAAAGAAGGGCUUCCGCUCUCUUAUCAUCUUCUCAACCAGUUCUUCCAAGGAGUAAUAACUAUAAUCUUCAAGCUGCACCUACCACAUAUUAUGUUUCCACUGAUUGUCCGGUGGGUUUGAAGGGGGAGCUCAAGGAGAAGCUUCAAACAAUUUUAUUUGAUGAAGAACAAAGGAAAAAGGAUUCACAAUGCUGUGUUUGCUUGGGGGAAUUCGAAAUGGAAGAAGAGUUGCUGCAAGUGCGAUCAUGCAAACACGUGUUUCAUGUUGAUUGCAUACAUCACUGGCUGCAUAACAACACAACUUGCCCACUUUGCAGAUGCACUGUGAUUCCAAUCAGUACCAAACUUGAUAGUCCUGCACCACCACCUGCAGCUGCUGGUGUGUCCGACCCAGUAGUACAACAGCAGCACCAUAGCAUAAUAAUAUCCCAUCAGAGUCCAGGUAUUAUUGUAUUGUUGGACCAACAAAAUCAGCAACAACAGCAUCAAACGGGCAAUAAUGCUAUUUCUGGUGUAACAACACCAACUGAAGAAGGUUCAUCAAGUGACCAAAGUAGUUCGAUUUUAAGGGACUCUGGGUGUUUACCUGGGUACUAUACUAAUCAAGAUUUGAGAGAACCAGUCGUUGUCUAUAUCCAAACUCAUGAUUCAUAAGUCAAGGCGUGUAAAAGAAAAAAACUUACGUGAGACUGUUCCUGUCACAUGACAGUGCUGAAUACAUGACAUAAACCACAUUCUCGUGGGACUAUUCCUGCAUGAGGUGGUGCUGAACGAAAGAAGUCGCAUCAUAGUGAGAGUCCAGUUUUGGCGGCAACUAGUUAGAUGAGAGGGUACGUAGUUAUAUUUCUAAUUAGGGAAUGGGAGAGUAGGGGGAAGCUCUUGUAUUUUCUUAAACCUCGAUGAAGGUGUGCACAAACCUAAUUGUCAAAGCCUCAAUAAAACUUUGAGCAGUGAAAGUUCACAGCAUACAUGUCA